AUGGCGCGCUCCUCCCUCCUCCUCCUCUCCUCCUCCUACUCAUUUCGAUUGCUCAACUCACGUGGGUCAGUUCUUUUCACAACGCGGAUCCGACUACCUUCCCGCCGGCUGAGCGGGUCUCUGCCCGCAUCUGUUGGCCUCUCAUCGGAGCUCCGUGAGCUCUCCCUCCCCAACAAUCGUCUCUCUGGCGCCUUCCCCUCCGAGAUCGCCAACUGCGUCAAGCUUGAAACUCUCAACCUCCGGAACAAUCGCCUUUCCGGCGAGGUCCCAAUCGAAGUCUCCUCCCUCCUCCGCCUCCGUAGCCUUGACCUCUCCUCCAAUAAACUCUCUGGCGAUCUCAACUUCUUGGUUCACUUCCCCAACCUCGAAAAUCUCUCUCUCGCAGAUAAUUUCUUCUCCGGUCGAAUUCCUUCAACUCUCUCCUCAUUCCGAAACCUCGUGUCGAUAGACCUUUCGGGCAAUCCAAACCUCCACGGCGAUGUUCCUCGGCCUGGAAAUUCUCUCCGUCUGCGCCAGGACAAGAACAAGAACAAAGCCCGUAACCGCAUCUUAGGAUUCAUCGCGGGUGUGCUAGGUGGCAUGGUUUCCGCCGCCCUUUUGAUGACCAUUUUCUUCCGAGCGAGCCCCAACAGCGCCCGUGGGCGACACGAGAACUCCGGCGGCCCUUCAGUAUUCAGUCCUAUUAUAAAGAACGUAGGGGAUCUCUCCUUUUUGGAGAGGGACGAUGCAACCGCCUCGUUAGAGAUCAUCGGUAGAGGCGGCUGCGGCGUGGUCUACAGGGCCGAGCUCCCCAACAACCCCGGCAAGUUGAUCGCGAUCAAGAAGAUCAAUAAGACGGUCGACAGAGAACCAGGUGAAGAAGAGAGCAAGCAGCUCAACAGCUCAACAGUGCCGAUUGCUCUUUCCUUGUCUACGAAUUCAUGAACAAUGGAAGCCUGCACGAUGCCAUCAAAAGAGUCUCAGAAGGAAGCACAGAAUUGGGCUGGCCUGUCAGGCUGAAUAUCGCCAAGGGGAUCGCUGCAGGUUUAGAAUAUCUCCACAUUCAUCACAAGCCGCGCAUAAUCCAUGGAGAUUUGAAGCCUGCGAACAUAUUGUUAGAUGACGACAUGGAGGCUAGAAUCACUGAUGUUGGACUGGUGAAGGAGCUGUUGUGCGCAGCGGAAAUUUCGGCAGAGUUUCUGGUGCACAA